GCGAGUGGGGUGAGUCUUCUCUCUCUCUCUGGUCGUCAGUCGCUUUUCAAAGCUUCAGAAAAUGGUUCCCCCAAAUCUCCCAUUUUGAAAACCAUAAUUAUAAUUAUAUUCCCCUUUUCUUCUUCUCUACUCUCUCUCUCUCUUCGCCAGUUUCACUUUUACUUUCAUAAAACCCCAUCUUCCCCCUUCUUCUCUUCCGUUUUUCUGCCCAAAAUCGGCGACGGGAGAGCACAGAUUUGGUUUCUGCGAGGUGGGUUAUUGCUGUUAACCCUCCUCCUGCGACGCUGAGCAGUUUCUUGCUCGACCCACUUCCCCAAGCCCUAGUUUUUGCUUGUGGUUGUUGCCGGAUUCCUUACACAUGGCGCAGAAGUCUCUGAUCUACGCUUUCGUCGCUCGCGGCACCGUGAUUCUCGCUGAGUAUACCGAGUACAGCGGGAAUUUCAAUUCCAUUGCUUUUCAGUGCCUCCAGAAACUCCCCACCGCCAAUAACAAAUUCACCUACAAUUGCGAUGGCCACACCUUUAAUUAUCUCGUUGACAACGGUUUCACAUACUGUGUAGUUGCAACGGAAUCAGCUGGAAGGCAAGUGCCUAUUGCAUUUUUGGAGCGCAUCAAGGAUGAUUUUGUGUCAAAAUAUGGUGGAGGAAAGGCUUCCACAGCUCCAGCCAAUAGUCUUAACAAGGAAUUCGGGUCAAAAUUGAAGGAACAUAUGCAGUACUGUGUUGAUCAUCCUGAAGAGGUUAGCAAGCUUGCAAAGGUGAAAGCUCAGGUUUCAGAAGUGAAAGGUGUUAUGAUGGAAAAUAUUGAAAAGGUUCUUGAUAGAGGAGAGAAGAUAGAACUUCUAGUGGAUAAGACAGAAAACCUUCACAACCAGGCACAGGACUUUAAGAGUAGUGGGACGAAAAUUCGAAGGAAAAUGUGGCUACAAAAUAUGAAGAUCAAGUUGAUCGUUUUGGGGAUUUUGAUAGCAUUGAUCCUUAUCAUAGUCCUUUCGGUUUGCCGCGGCUUCAACUGUGGAAAAUGAACGCUUUCUGAAGGAGGAACCUCACAGUGAAAUCUUUUGGCAUGGUAUUUUGAGAGAGAGAAGUGAUGAUAUACAUGAUUUGGCUAUGUAUGUAGUAAAGUAAAACAAAGUUCAGAAUCUCUGUUUUGUUAAAAGCAAAAUUUACGUGUGAAUGAUCACUUAUAAUAUUCGUUACUUUUUUUUUUCCUUGGAAGACAACAUGAGGUUUGAAUUUUCUGAAUUGGAGAUAAAAUGCGCUAUUCUGUUUUUAUGGAA